AUGACAAGUAUCCAAACGACAAUACCAUUUAAUAUACGAAAAAAAUGUUCGUUUUACGGGACUAAACAUAACAUAACAAAAGAGGAUUUUACCAAUGCAACUAUUAGAAAUUCCUCUGAUAAAUACAUACCGACUGUAAAGAAAGUCAUUACUUUAAGUAGUAGUGAAUCGGACUCAGAUUCAGACGUAGAAAAUACAUCGAUAGAGAAUAAUGUAAAAGUUAGCGGGAAUACUACGACCGUACAAACUCCGCGAUGUACACGAAAAUCUAGUGAAUCCGGUGAACGUGGUUCUACACCUCCUAAGCAGAGGAGGAUAAGUAAAUCAAUGAUAGUAACAUCUCCAUCAACACCAUCUACUCUUUUUGAUAAAUUAAAUUUGGCAUCAUCUGCUGAUAAGGAUGAAAAACUAACUCCUAAAAAAUUGUUUGGAUCAGAAAGGUAUUGCAAUGCUCGUAAAGCUUUACAUAGUUCAGUACCUGAACAUUUACCUGGCAGAGAAUAUGAAUUGCAAAAGUUACAAGAAUUUCUGGAAGAGCAUGUAAAAAAUGAAACAUCUGGUUCCUUGUAUGUGUCAGGAUCACCUGGUACUGGAAAAACAGCAUGUCUUUCAAAGCUUAUGUUGAAAACUGAGUUCAAAUUAAAAUUUAAAGUAGUUUAUGUUAAUUGUACAACUAUGAAAUCUGCUGCUACAAUUUAUGCAAAGAUAAUUCAAGAAUUGGAUAUAUCAGCACCCAAGUCUGGAAAAAACAAUAAAGCAAUUAUUGAAAAAUAUUUAAUCUCCAAUCACAAAAUGUUACUGUUGGUUUUAGAUGAAAUAGAUCAGUUGGAAAGUAAAAAGCAGUCUGUUUUAUAUUCUAUCUUUGAAUGGCCAUCAAUCCAUAAAUCAAAAUUGAUUUUAGUAGGCAUUGCUAAUGCUUUGGACCUGACAGAUAGAAUAUUGCCUAGAUUACAAGCUAGAUGUGAAUUAAAACCAAAAUUGAUGCAUUUUUCACCAUACACAAGACAACAAAUAUACAAUAUAAUAUCAGAAAGAUUAAGUGAAGCAAAGGUAUCCGACUUAUUUACAGGAACUGCAAUACAAAUGUUAGCUGGCAAAGUUGCUGCUGUUUCUGGUGAUAUUAGAAGGGCAUUGGAUAUUAGCAGAAGGGUAGUAGAAAUUUCUGAAUCUCAUAAGUUAGCACAGGUUCUACAACCAACAAAUGAUAAUGAAACAAAUACAGGUAGCCCGAAAAAGCAACAAUUCACAGCAGAGAAAGCGGUAGACUUGAAAGAAGUUAUUACAGUUUUGAAUGGUGUUUAUGGAGGGUCUCAAAGUAUUCAAAAGGAAGAGAGUACAUUUCCAUUACAACAAAAAUUGCUAUUAUGUUCACUUUUACUUAUUCUAAAUAAAGGACGAAAUAAAGAUGUGACAGUGGGAAGAUUGCAUGAGGUGUACAAAAAAGUCUGCAAGAAACGAAAUAUUCAUGCUGUUGAUGCAUCUGAAUUUUAUGGUUUAUGUUCCUUAAUCGAAACUAGAGGUAUUUUCAAAUUAGCAGGUAAAAAAGAACCUCGUUUAUCAAAAAUAAAUUUGGAAUGGGAUCAGGAAGAGUUAGAUGCAGCUUUGCAAGACAGAAAUAUGAUGGCUGAAAUCAUUAAUGAUAUAACUUGUUUAUAG